CGUAGCAUGCGUGAUAUCCUGAGAAUGCACCGAUUUUCUGAGGUCUGAGGAUUGCUCGCUCAUUUCGAUUAAAGCAAAGUGCCGGAGUGCUGCUGAGCUCGUGGAAUCGGAUCGCUUAGUGCGGGAAUGGCGGGACGUGACGCAAUGCGCGUCGCUGUCAUCGGGGCAGGCCCAGGUGGUUUGACUACGCUAAAGACGCUGUUGGAAGCAUCGACUCCAGACAGACCGAUAGAAGCGACCCUUUUUGAAGCAGAAGACGACGUCGGGGGCACGUUCCAAUACCGCUCCUACGAAAACGCCGAGCUCGUCUCAUCCAAGCAACUAACGAGUUUCUCGGACCACCGCUUCCCACUAUCAACGCCGGACCACAUCUCAUUACCUCAAUACGUUGAGUAUCUCAGAUCGUAUGUCGACCGGUUUGGCCUAGGGCCGCUCAUCAAGCUCGGAUGCCGUGUCACCCAAAUUCAGCCUCUAGAAAAGUCUUCAGAUCAGAAGUGGAAGCAUCGAGUCAAGUACGUCGACAAGCAGCAAGGCGGAAGGGAAAGGACGUUUGAUUGCUCCCAUAUUGCGAUUUGCACGGGACUCCAUGUCCAGUCUAACAUUCCCAAUAUCCCCGGGAUCGAGAAUGUAAAGGGCGAAGCGUAUCACUCGUCCCAGUAUAAGCAGAGAUCCCAGCUCACAGGUCGAGAUGUGCUCAUCCUGGGAUGCGGCGAGACGGCUAUGGAUAUCGCCUACGAGGCAAUCAAAGCCGACGCCAACUCCGUGACAAUGUGCUUCCGAACUGGCUUCCUAUCCUUCCCCAAAGCGCUCUCUCGGUUCCAAGUCUUCGGCAAGCAAUUCAAGGGCGGACUGCCCAUCGAUGGUCUCAUCACCAACCUAUUCGAAACUGCAUACGUCCACCGCGCCAUAGCCGCCAGCCGUCUGCGAUGGUUUGUUUCCGACUUUGUGAUUAAGCGUGUGCUAUGGUUCUUAACCGGAACCCAAGCUGGCAUGAACCAGCAUGUUGGCGCACUGCCGAAUGACCGACUAGGAAGAGCAUAUGUGUUCUUGAAUAAGAGUAGCAAGGCGAUGCCAUAUUUGAAUCGACCGUAUCAGGAGAAGCACCCACUUGGGUUCCUAGGCAAUGGUUAUGUCGAUCCGCCUGAAGACGCGAACUCGAAGCGAUGGGUCGAUACGUGCACAUUCCCUCAGCGCAUUGACGAGACAGGCAAGGUCAUUUUCGAGAAAAGAGAAGACAGGAAAGACUGGAGACGCAUGAAGAACGCGGAGGUACGGCCCACCUGCGUGGUCUACUGUACGGGCUACAAGCAGGUCUUCUCCUGGCUCGAUUCGUCUUACCCCACAGCGUCAGACGCUACGAUACGAAAUAUCAUCGCACCCUCGCGACCUGAUAUUGCCUUCAUCGGCUUCGUGCGGCCAGGCGUAGGCGCUAUUCCGCCCAUCGCGGAGCAACAGGCCAUGUGGUGGACGGCGCUCAUAACCGCCCGGAUGCAAAUCCCCAAGGAUCCGCCGCAUUAUCACCUGCUUGCGCGCGAGAGCUCGCGGAUCCAAUACGGCGUUGACCAUAGUGCAUAUAUGAGCACCCUCGCGAAGGAUUUCGGCGGUGCACCAGGACUGGUCGAACUCUGGAGAGCCCAUGGCUUGAAGAUUCUCUUCACGUAUUGCUUCGGUGCUUCCUUUGUCACUUUCUAUAGGCUCAUGGGGCCUUUCAAGUCGGAGGAGGCGCCGAAAAUCGCUAGGACAGAGUUGGCUGAGACCAUUACUCGGAGAGGUAUUCUUGGCAAUUUGUUCUUUGGAGUGAUACCCAUGAUAUUCUAUGGGAUGGUCAAUACUGCGGCGAUGAUACUGGAGCUGUGUGGCUUCAUACCGAAGGAGAAACCUGUCGUAUGAUCUUCGACGGGAUAUCUUUAGCUAGCGUUUCCGUAUCAAGUCGUUGGUGCCAGAGACUAGCCCUCUCCUCCCUUGCUUUCCAUUCAAUCAUAUCUUUCAGCAAGCACCAACAGCGGAUAUACAGCUCCUGCAGCUACUGGAAUCUUCUUCCACCCAGUCGCCCCGAAAAGCGCCAUGAUCGCUCCUGAAUGCGCU